CGCCAUCUACCGUCUAUUAUGGUUACGUUAUAACCAAACUAUCAAAAACAUCGAUUAACAAAAUAACGAAAAAUUAGUGUAUUCUUGGAUGUAUUCAACUUCUCUAAAUAUGUUAACAUCUCUUCGUGUACUUCGUACGCUUUUAGCUCCUACAAAGAGCAGAGGAAUACAAACGUCUUCUAGCCAUGCAUCCGAACAGCUCUUCAAUCAUAGAGAUACCGAAUAUAAUAAUCCCAAUACACCCUUCGAGUUUAAUGAAGCAAACAAAAAACGUAUUGAAGCUCUUCUAAAAAUUUAUCCAGAAGGUCACAAACGUGGUGCGAUGAUACCUCUAUUGGAUUUAGCUCAAAGACAACACGGUUGGCUACCACUCUCUGCUAUGCAUAAAGUUGCAGAGAUUCUCAAUGUACCACGUAUGCGUGUUUACGAAGUUGCUACCUUCUAUACAAUGUUUAACAGAAAUCCGAUAGGGAAAUAUCAUGUACAAAUUUGUACUUGUACUCCAUGCUGGUUGCGAGAUUCAGAUUCUAUAGUAAAUGCAGUAACCGAAGCUGCAUGUUGCGAACUUGGUUGCACUUCUGAAGAUAAAUUAUUUACUGUAUCGGAAGUAGAAUGUUUAGGAGCAUGCGCCAAUGCACCAAUGUUCCAAGUUAAUGACGAUUAUUAUGAAGAUUUGACUCCUGAGAGUGCGGCAAGAAUAAUUAAUGCGUUAAAGAAAGGUGAAAGACCACCGCCUGGUCCUCAAGAUUCGCCUAGAUUUGCUGCAGAUCCAGCUGGUGGAUUAACAUCCUUGAAAACUCCACCUCCAGGACCAGGAUUUAAGAUCAGAUCAGAUCUAUAAAAUAAAUGUAAAUACAAAUUUAGUGUGUGAUGUAUGUAAAUGAUUUAGGAAUGUCCAAAAACUUUAUAAAUAAAGUUUCCAAUGAUGGAAAAAUAGCCAUAUA